AAGUACCAUACCUCAGUGCACUGAAUCGUGAAACCGUGACAUAUAUAUUAGGGUGGAUGAUUUAAAGGUUAAAUAUUAGGAUACAUCUUUAAAAAGGAAUAAAAUGAAGACAAUAGAAGUUGCUGUCAUCAUAUCUAUAUUAAAUGUGUUCCUUCUGACGUGCGUACAAGCAGAAUCCGAGCCCUAUCGAAAUUAUACCUUUGGAACAGAUUGCCUUGUCCACACGAAAGAGUUAUCAGUAGAUAAAUGGAUGGAAGUCUAUUACAGAGGCAGCGAAAAUGUAGGACUAUUUUGUAAUGGUAUGACAUUUGAAUGCAUAGACAAUUCAGAAAACUGCAAUGUGUGCGUGACUAUACAGGAAUUUGUUGAUCCAGAUUGUGUGUUAAAACUCCAGUUUAAAGAAUCCUGGAUACAUCCGACAGAACAUACAAUUACGUGCAGAGAAAAUAAUAAGAAGAAAUAUUGUCGACAUUCUUCAGUCUACAUCAGCCUUAGCUUGAUAAACACACAAUCGACAUCUAGAGCAUCUUUUGAUCUACGUGUAACAUCAGAGGAAGCGGAAACAGGCACGUAUAAGUAUUCAAUAGAUAUACAUGUAUCUUUCGAGGAAAAAGACACUGAAUCAGUCAUGAAAUUUAUAACGAUUGUAGAGUAA